CAGUCGUAUUUUUAAGUGGAACAUACGCAUCUGGCUAGAUUUUAAUUAGUUUAAUAUAAUAGCGCGCUUUGUUAGGUUUAAUAUUUAUGUAUAUAUAUACGACUCUUUUUUUUACAAAAACAAAUAACUCAUCUGCUCGCAAUAUUUAUUUGCCCUAGUGAUCCUAAAAUAAACGCGACUCUUAAACUAUCACUUGUAAACAUUCUGUCUAUUGCAAUGGUUUUUUUUUAAUUAAAAGCAACAAUUAUGAUUUUAUAUAGAAUAAAAGUGUAAUAAAACUGUUAUACAGUUUGUAAAAGCAACUUAGAACGGCAACUAAUGUUGUUGGAAAUUAACCAAAACCUUUUAUAAAUAAUAAUAAAAUAAAAAAAACAUUCUAAAAAGGAAAAAAAUUCAUAAACACAUUGUACUGCAAAAAAUUAAUAGUGUUUGUGAUGAUAAAAAAAAUAAAUAUAUAAUUACAAAAAUAUAAGCAAUUCGUGUGUAGAAUAUGGACUUUUAUUAAAUAGAAAAACAAAUUUUACUUUAAAUAAAAACAGUCGAUUUUUAGCCGGUUUACCAUAAAGUUGUGUUUGUAUUUAAAAUGAAAAUUUAACAAAAAUAAAUAAAAACAGUGAAUAUAAUUUUGAAAAAAUAAAAAAUAAACAAAAAUAAUUCUUAAGAAUUAUAAAGAAAAUAUAAACUGUUGGAAACAUUUUAUUUACAAUUAAAUAUUUUAUUAUAUUUAUCAAAAUAUAUUUCUUAUGAACAUUUCAUAUCAAAAUGGAAAUUAACUUAGGUGUUUUGGACUUAUUCAAGUUAUUGGGCAAGCUUGUAUCCUUCAAAAUCGAAGAAAGACGUUUGGCCACUUAUGAAUAUGAAACCAUUGAUACGUGUUAUGGCAAAGUCAGGGGUAUGAAACGUAAAAAUGCUUAUGAAGAAUUUGGUUUUUAUUAUGCAUUUGAGGGAAUACCAUAUGCUAAACCACCUAUAGGUGAGUUAAGAUUUCGAGCACCACUACCGCCAGAGCCAUGGGAUAAUGUGCUAGAUUGUUUGUACUACAAAUCAAAACCAGUGCAAAAGGAUUUCAUCAAAAGGAUUUCUCUCGGCUCCGAAGAUUGUCUUUAUUUAAAUGUUUAUGCUAAAAAGCUUUAUUCUGAUAAACCUUUACCUGUUAUGGUCUGGAUAUAUGGUGGAGGCUUUCAAAUAGGUGAAGCUAGUCGAGAAAUAUAUUCACCAGAUUAUUUUAUGCAAAAGGAUGUUAUACUUGUAACAGUGGCAUAUCGUUUGGGAGCUUUGGGUUUUCUUAGCUUAAAUGAUCCCGAUUUACAAGUGCCCGGCAAUGCUGGUCUUAAAGAUCAAAUUAUGGCCCUGAAAUGGAUUCAACAAAAUAUUGAAUACUUUAAUGGUGAUCCCAAUAAUGUAACACUAUUUGGUGAGAGUGCCGGAGCUGCUUCUACCCAUAUAUUAAUGCUGACACCACAAGCCAAGGGUUUGUUCCACAAGGCAAUUUUACAAUCUGGUGCAGCGAUAUGUAGUUGGGCCAAUACGCCUCCAUUGGAUUGGGGCUAUAAACUGGCAUGUAAAAUAGGCUAUAAAGGCAAUAAUAACGAUAAGGAGGUUUUUCGCUUUUUAUCCAAACAAAAUGCCAAAAAACUGGCUUGCAGGGAUACAGUUAUGUUAAGUCGUCAGGAAAGAUUCGAUAAUAUAUUAUUUGCUUUUACACCUGUAGUGGAACCUUAUAUGACAGAUACCUGUAUAACAAAUAAACCAUUUAAGGAUCUUAUGCCCACUGCCUGGAGCAAUGAAAUACCACUGAUUAUAGGUGGCACUUCAUUUGAGGGACUAUUUUAUUAUGCCACAGCAACAAAAUCGAAUUUUUUGGUAAAUGAACUGACCGACUGUGUUAAUCUGCUACCCGACGACAUCAUUUCCAAACAUACAAGCGAGGAACUCAAGAUCAUGGCCUCUAAACUAAAGCAGUCCUAUUUUGGCAACAAAACACCCAGUGUUAAGGAAACCUUAUUUGAAUAUAUGGAUCUUAUGAGCUAUAGAACAUUUUGGCAUGCCAUGUUUAGAACUAUUAAAGCUAGAUCAGCCUAUGCUACCCAAGUACCUACUUAUUGUUAUGUUUUCGAUUUUGAUUCAGAUUUUUUCAAUCAUUUUCGUGUUUUAAAUUGUGGCAAAUCUGUGCGUGGUGUUUCGCAUGGUGACGAUGUUUCCUAUUUAUUCUAUAAUGUAGUAGCUGAGAAAUUACCAGUCACCUCAGCAGAAUUUAAAUGUAUACAACGUCUCAUGGGUAUAUGGUAUAAUUUUGCCUUAAGCUCAAAUCCCAAUUGUAAAGAAAUUCAAACAGUUUCUUGGCAACCAGUUGGUAAUGAUACAGAUUUACAAAAACCCAUUAAGAUUUUAAAUAUAAGUGAUGAGCUAGAGUUCAAGGACUUGCCAAUGCAUCGUAAACUACAAAUCUGGAAUAGUUUCUAUACAAAGGAAUCUUUAUAUAUUGAAUGGUGUUUGUGCAUUAGUAACUUGGUAAUCGACACCACUUUGGGCCCCGUCAGGGGUCAUGAGUGUAAAGGCGUUUACGAUGACGUAUACUAUUCAUUCGAACGUAUACCAUUUGCUGAAGUACCAGUGGGUGAAUUACGAUUUCGUCCGCCCCAGCCUAAGAAACACUGGUCGGAAAUUUUAGAUUGUACACAAAAACCAUGUAAGCCAUUGCAAAAAAAUCCAUUUAAUAAUCAAAUAGAAGGAAGUGAAGAUUGUUUAUAUGUGAAUAUCUAUGCAAAACAGCUAAACUCUUCGAAACCUUUGCCGGUUAUAAUAUUUCUCUUUGGUGGUGCUUUUGAGAAAGGCGAUCCUAGCAGAGAUCUUCAUGGUCCUGAUUAUUUUAUGAAGAAAGAUGUGAUAUUUGUAACAGUGGGCUAUCGUUUGGGUGCUUUGGGUUUUAUAUCCUUUAAAGAUCCUGCAUUAAAAAUACCUGGAAAUACUGGUCUGAAAGAUCAAUUGCUGGCCUUGAAAUGGCUUAAGGAAAACAUGUUCCGUUUUAAUGGAGAUACUGAAAAUAUUACACUUUUCGGAGAAAGUGCUGGAUCAGCUUCGGUACAUUAUUUAAUGUGUUGUCCUUUAGCUAAAGGAUUAUUUCAUAAAGCUAUACUGAUGUCUGGUACAUUGUUAUGUCCUUGGGCUUAUAAUCCUCUGGAAAAGCUUCCCCUUCGUUUGGCUAAGGCUUGCGGUUAUGAGGGACCAGCGGAUGAUGAACCACAAAUUUGUGCUUAUUUACAAAAAUUACCAGCCGAAGAACUAGUAAAACCUUACUUACUAAAUAAGGAAGAAAAUCUUAAUGAUUGUUUCUUUAACUUUGGACCCUGUAUAGAACCGUAUGAAGAUGAUAUGUGUAUUAUAAGUCAACAUCCAGAGGAUAUGGUGCACAAUUCAUGGGGUCAUGAAAUUCCAGUAUUAAUGGGUGGAACCUCAUUUGAGGGUCUGCUCAUGUUUCCACGUGUACAUAUGACACCUUAUAUUUUAACCGAAUUAGAGGAAAAUCCUCAACAUUUAUUACCCUUUACCUUAAAAAAGAAAUAUUCUCUAGAUGUACAAAAGCAAUUGGGUGCUAAAGUUAAAAUUGCACAUUUUGGUAACAAAAAAGCUGCCAUGGAAAAUGUUAUUAACUAUUGUGAUUAUGCCUCUUACAAAGUUUUCUGGCAUCCAAUUUUACGCUCGCUUAAAGUUCGUAUUCUCGCUGGAAAAGCACCCACUUAUUUAUAUCGUUUUGAUUACGAUUCACCUGACUUCAAUCAUCAACGCAUCAAAUAUUGCGGCAAACAAAUGCGUGGCGUAGCCCAUGUAGACGAUCACUCAUAUUUAUUUUAUGGUAAUUUCUCUUGGAAAUUAUCCCCAGAGACGGCUGAAUAUAAAACCAUUCAACGCUUGAUUGAUAUUUGGUCGUCGUUUGCCAUCAAUGCAAAUCCCAAUUGUGGCCAAACGAAAGAGGUAUUAAAGGAACGCAUUUGGCUGCCUGUGUGUAGUUUGGAUGAUAUUAAAUGUUUGAAUAUUGGCAGGGAAUUAGAUUUGAUUGAUUUGCCGGAAUUGCAAAAACUACAAGUAUGGGAAAGUGUUUACAGUGUUUGAGCAAUAAAAGUAUGAUGGGAUGCAAUGUUGCAAAAGUAAACUAAUGUAGAACAAAUAUUAGAAAAAUGAUGAGUUAUUAGUAUGAAACUAAAUGGAAUUUAAAUAUACUAUAUUAUAUAUAUGUGUAUUUGUAUGUUAAUAUUACCAAAAAUUUUAAUAAAAUAUUGUCAUAAAAAAGUGAUUAAGUUAAACUUUAAAAA